AUGAAAGGUCUGGCUUGGAGGACCACUGAAGGUGUUAGAAAUCUGAAUGAGAGUCGUUUACAACUUGAUAAAGCCCAUGCCAUACUGAGAUCUGACCCUCUCAACCCUGAGUUGUGCAAUAGUGUCAAAACAUGGACUGAAGAGGUGUUAAAGCAAAGUGAUAUGGAGGAACGGAUAUUACAGCAAAGAGCUAAAGAAGAUUGCAUCAAGCUUGGAGAUGGUAAUAACAAAUUUUUCUAUGCCAAACUCAAAGCUAAAAAUGCUCAAACUCAGAUUAAACAACUUCAAACUGCCACUGGGAGGUUUAUUUCUGAGCCUGCAGAAUUGGAAGAAGAGGUCUUGGACUUCUAUUCAAAUCUUAUUGGACAAGCAGCACCUAGUAGAACCCAUGUUGAUAUCUCAAUCCUGAGGAAAGGUUCUCAGCUUACUCGCGACCAUCAAAAUAUACUCACCAGGCCUGUUACUGAAGAGGAAAUUCUUAUUGCUGUUAAGAGCCUAGGAGACAACAAAUCACCUGGUAUUGGAUACACUGGAAGAUUCUUCAAAGCUAGCUGGAGUUUGAUUAAAUCUGAUAUUGUGAAAGCUGUACAGGAUUUUUUCAUCAACAAUAGGAUGCAUAGAGCAGUUAAUUGCGCUAUUGUAACAUUGAUACCUAAGACCAAGGAGGCCAAGUCUAUGAAGGAAAUGUGA